AUGAAAAUAAUUGCUGUUGGAAAGCAUAAUCGUGAUGAAAUUAUCAAUAUUGCCAAUGAUGAUUUGAAAGCAAUUUCAUCCUAUCUUGGCAAUAAGCAUUAUUUUGCUGGUUUUAAGCCAACAAGAGUCGAUAUUGGCCAGACUGGAACAAGUGCACAACAGAGUUUGUAA